AAUGUAUACACACAGCACCACGUAUCACGCGUAUGAACGUACGAGUACACACACAGCGUCAUUCAUUGCGGUGGCAUAAGUAACCUUGAAAAGGCCACCUCGAAGCGCUACUACUUUAGUCCGCUAAAUACGCCGGAGUUCGCCGCAGCCUCCAAUUAUAACCGCAACGAUCUGUGUCUACUUCGAUGUCUGAAUGAGGUAUUAAGGCGAGGUGCGAAAUUAUUUUUUCCGCGGCGUAUCGCUGAAAAUUUCAGAGCGAGAGAGACGUAUAGAUCGAGUGAUGUUUCGCUGAUUCCGGUUGCGUUUCUCACCGUCGUCAUCGCUAUUGAAAUGUCACUGUGAAGAAAGUCGCGGCUUUCGGCGACGCUUACCGGGGGGUGCUGCGCGUUGUCGGUGCUCUGCAUAGGUUAUAUCACACUGGGGUGCCUCUGACACGCGAGAGAAAAAAAAAGAAACGAGGAUGUCAUUUACGAGGAAUUAAGCGGCGAAUGCCGUGCGUGAUAAUUAUCGGUGCUUCAGCAGCAUGGUGCAGCGUCCUGUUGCGCCUCGGCGCAAUGUCAGAAUACUGUUGAUCGGCGAACGUGGUGUCGGCAAAACUUCCCUGAUAUUGUCAUUGGUGAGCGAGGAAUAUGCGGAAGAAGUGCCCAGCAAGGCUGAGGAGAUCACGAUACCGGCAGACGUCACGCCGGAACAAGUGCCGACGAACAUAGUCGACUAUUCGGCGGUAGAGCAAACAGACGAUCAGCUGGCAGAGGAAAUACAAAAGGCACAUGUGAUAUGCGUUGUUUACUCCGUUGACGAUGAGGAUACUCUGGACAGAGCUGCCAGCUAUUGGCUACCAUUGAUCAGAAGAUGCUCGCCUGACAAUCGGUGUCCGGUUGUGCUUGUAGGCAAUAAGAUUGAUCUUGUGGAUUAUUCCACUAUAGAGGCUGUAUAUCCCAUUAUGAAAGAGUUCACAGAGAUUGAAAGCUGCAUAGAGUGUUCAGCCAAAACACUUCAGAAUGUCUCGGAAACAUUUUAUUAUGCACAAAAGGCAGUUUUGCAUCCAACCACACCUUUGUACAAUUAUGACACACAAGAGCUCACGGAAGAGUGCAAAACUGCCCUACAGCGAAUUUUUAAAAUAUGCGAUGUGGAUAAUGAUGGACUUUUAAACGAUAUAGAGUUGAAUGCAUUUCAGCAGUGGUGCUUCAAUACACCACUGCAACCGCAAGUAUUGGAUGAUGUAAAAGCUGUUUUGUCGAAAAACAUUUGCGACGGUGUAUGUAACGGUUGUGUCACAAUGAAAGGUUUCAUGUAUUUGCAAUGUUUAUUUAUACAACGCGGGAGGAACGAAACGACCUGGGCAGUAUUAAGAAAAUUUGGAUACGACAACGAGCUGCAAAUGUCGAAAGAAUAUAUCCAUCCUCCAUUAAAAAUUCCAUUGGGCUGCACCACCGAAUUAUCGCACAAGGGCCAGGAGUUCUUAACGUUACUGUUCAUGCAACACGAUCGCGAUCGUGAUGGAGCUCUUUCGCCACUAGAAUUGGAAUCGUUGUUCUCGCGAUGUCUUGUUCCGCCAUGGGGCGAGGAGUACAAAUACACUGUACCCACGAACGAGAAGGGUUGGCUUACGUUCCAAGGAUACAUGUGUCAAUGGGCGCUGCUGACGCUGACGAAUGUGCGCAAAACCUUGGAGUACAUGGCUUACCUGGGGUACAAUAUGUACCAUAACGAGUGUCAAACGAGCUCGAUCCUUGUGACUCGCGAAAAGAAAGUCGAUCUCGCGAAGAAGCAAUCCAGCAGGAAUGUUUACACCUGUCACGUGAUUGGUCCGAAGAGCAGCGGGAAGACUACGUUAUGCAGGACUUUUAUCGAUCCUAAACUUGAGAAAUUAAACGACAAAGUGGUACCAUCAAAUGCUCACGUCACUGUGAAUACGUUGCACGUAUACGGGCAGGAAAAGACGGUGGUGCUGAAGGACAUAAACGUGUUGAACGUGCAGGACGCAUUAACGCCGGCGGAAAUACAGUGCGACGCGGCAGCUCUCGUUUACGACGCCAGUAAUCCGAAAUCAUUCGAAUACAUAGCGCGCAUUUAUAUCAAAUACUUCGCCGACAGUAAGAUUCCCGUUCUGAUAAUAGCGAACAAAAGCGAUCUUUCCGAGGUGAAACAGGGAUACUUGCUGCAGCCGACUGCCUUUUGCAGCAAGUAUAAACUCAUGCCUCCGCAACCCUACAGCAUUUCACGCACGGUCCGGCGUGAAAUCUUCGUCAAGCUAGCCACGAUGGCAGCCUUCCCCCGCUUUCAAGGAGCGUGGGUAUUAUUUUACAGAGACAGGCACAUAAAUCAAUUCGGCCUAAUGCAGGGAGAUUCUCUGGUCUGGUGGAAAGCAGGACUGGGAAUCGCGGUUGCUACAAUCGCCGGUUACGUGAUGAUGCGUGUAUUGAACACAGAGAAAAGAUAGUCUACCAUUUUCGUGCUACUUGUGCAUGUUUAACUGCCUCCUGUUGUCGAUUAAAGAAAGAGAGCCGUAUUAUAGAUAUAAUCGCGGUAUAUAGGCUGAACAUACAUAUAUAAAUAUAUAUUCGUAAAUCACACACUGAUUUUCAAUAUAUAAUAGCUAAGUAUUAGAGAGAAUUAUGAUAAAGAAGGUGCAAAUACUGUACUUUCAUGUAGAGGUGCGCUUACUUUACUUUGUUCAAAGAAUAUAUCAAAGUUUUUAUUUGCCGUUUUUCUUCCGGUGUACCAUCCUACAGAAACUAUUUUCACCGUCUGUAAUAAAUUAUUGUUUAAUGUAUUGUAAUAUAAAGUGGAAAAAAUGCAUUGUAUU